UCUCUCUCAGGCUCCCUUCAGGGAGAGCACCAGAGGCGGCUGUAUAAGGAGCUGAUGGAGAACUACAACCGUCUGGAGAGACCUGUCAUCAAUGAUUCCUCCCCCUUGCUGGUGGAGUUGGGAAUGACAUUACUGCAGAUUAUUGAUGUGGAUGAGAAGAACCAGGUGCUGAUGACGAACGCCUGGCUGCAGCUGUACUGGACCGACGUCUACCUGAGCUGGAACCCAGACAACUACCCAGGUGUGCAGAACCUACGCUUCCCGUCCAGUCAGAUAUGGACCCCAGACAUCCUUCUGUACAACAGCGCGGACGAGCGUUUCGACGCCACCUUCCACACGAACGUGCUGGUCAACGCGUCGGGCUACUGCCAGUACAUCCCGCCGGGCAUCCUCAAGAGCACGUGCUACAUCGACGUGCGCUGGUUCCCCUUCGACGUGCAGAAGUGCGACCUCAAGUUCGGCUCGUGGACGCACAACGGCUGGCUGCUGGACCUGCAGAUGCUGGCGGUGGACACGUCCACCUACAUUCCCAACGGAGAGUGGGACCUCGUCGGCGUGCCGUCCAAGCGCAACGAGCUGUACUACGACUGCUGCAAGGAGCCGUACCCGGACGUGACGUUCACGGUGACCAUGCGGCGGCGCACGCUGUACUACGGCCUCAACCUCAUCCUGCCCUGCAUGCUCAUCUCCGGCCUCGCCCUGCUGGGCUUCCUGCUGCCCGCCGGCUCCGGGGAGAAGAUCUCCCUCGGGAUCACAGUGCUGCUGUCACUCACUGUGUUCAUGCUACUGGUGGCAGAGAUCAUGCCCGCCACCUCCGACUCUGUCCCGCUCAUCGCUCAGUAUUUCGCGAGCACCAUGAUGAUUGUCGGGCUGUCGGUGGUCGUCACAGUCCUGGUGCUGCAGUUCCAUCACCACGAUCCGCAAGCGGGAAAGAUGCCCAAAUGGGUGCGAGUGGUGCUGCUGAACUGGUGCGCCUGGUUCUUACGCAUGAAGCAGCCGGGUGAAGACCUCAAGCUGAAACAGCAGCAGCAGCAGCAGCAGUCCUCUGGCUACAAGUACCGCCACCCGCCCACCCACCACUCCAGCUCCAGCAGCAUGGAGAUGGGCACCAUCCCGGGCCUCACCCACCCGCUCCACCCGGCCGCCCUCUCCCCCUCGCCCACGCCCACCGGCGCCAGCAACGGCACCAUGAACCUCUACUUCAGCUACCACGCUCUGGACGCCAUGCCCGCCAGCUGCCAGCAACAGCAGCAGCAGCUCCAACAGCAGCAGCAGCAGCCUCUCAGCACCGACUCGGGGAUGGUGCUCGGCGGCGGCGGCGGCCUUGGCGUCGGUCCGCGGUGCAUCUCGGGGGACGAGCGGGACGUGCCGGUGUCGGCGGCGGUGGCGGCGGCGCUGCUGUCCGAGUGCUCGCCGGAGAUCCGCCGCAUCCUGGACGAGGUGACGUACAUCGCGCAGCGCUUCCGCGAGCAGGACGAGAGCGAGGCCGUGUGCGGCGAGUGGAAGUUCGCCGCCGCCGUGGUGGACCGGCUCUGCCUGGUGGCCUUCAGCCUCUUCUCCAUCAUCUGCACCUUCUCCAUCCUCAUGUCGGCGCCCAACUUCAUCGAGGCCGUCUCCAAGGACUUCACAUAAGCACGGGGGAAGAGA